AAAUAAAAAUAGAAAUGCUUGGAAAUGUUAAAAGAUUGCGGGCGAAAAACUUUUCACCCGUGGAGGAGCGCAUCCUGGAAACUCUGGUAACUGCUUACCAGGAUGUGAUCAAGAGCAAGACAAACGAUGCGGUCACCUGGCGGCGGAAAGUGGAUACCUGGAAGCGAAUAGGGGCAGAGUUCUCCCUGCAGUCUGGGAUGGAGCGUCCUUGGAAGGCUCUGAGGGAGAAGUACAUAAACACUCGUCGAAUAAGAAGGCUAAAGGGUCUGGAUGGUAGCAGCGAAACUAGAUCCGAAGAGGAUCUGGCCAUUACAACUGUCUCAUCCAUAUGUGAGGAUUUCAGGGAGGGAUUUGAAGCCAGAAAUGCUGAAGAGAGUAGCACUGAUACUAAUCCGGUUUUCAAGCCGAGGAACCUCUUGAGUAGCGGCUCUAGCGAUGCCCCACAGGAACAGAACCACUCCGAGUAUUCCAUGCCCAAUAUCAAAGAUGAAACACCCGAUGACUUGGAAGAGAGACUGUCCAGCAAUGCCCUAGCAGAUGAAAAGAUGAUCCUUCUUAAGCUUCAGCAGGAUUAUUACCGCGAUGAGAACUCCAGGGCUGCCGAGAAGCACAAAGUGGAUAUGGAGAAGCGAGGAAUUGAAAUGGAGCAGCUCAAGAUGCAGAUUGCCAAGGAGAAGCUGGAGAUGGAACGACAACAGAUAGAGGUGCAGAGCAUGCGCCUAAAGAACGAUCUGUUAGAGCUGGAAGUCCUAGAGCGACGGGGCAGAAUCAGUGCCACUGAACUGAAGUCUUAAGGUUACUAACUUGGCAAACUUGGUAUUUUAAUUGGUACAAAUCCA